AACAAUUCCAUUUUCUUCUUCUCAUUAACUAGAUGCAUUCAUUUUCUUCUUUAAAUCUUCAAAUUCUCUCUUGAAUGUUACGUAUUUAUGUUCCUUUCAUAUUCUUCCACGUUGCUAGCUUUACAACCAUCUCCUUCCUUUUUUGGAAACUCCAAGAAUGUUUGGUUCUAUCGCUGCCUAGGCCUAGACCCCUAAACAAAUUUAGUUUCAUAGGAUUUUAUUGUGUUUUGUUUCUUCAAAUCAUUUAGUUUGAAGAAAAGAAAGAGAAAAAAAAAGACACAGCACAAUGAAAAAGAUUGUUUUUGAGAAGAACAAGAAUAGUGGAGACCAGAAAACAAGCAGAAUCAAUAGGUUCUUGGUAACUAUUAACAUCAUGGGAAGUUCGGGUCCUUUAAGGUUUGUGGUAAAUGAGAAAGAGCUUGUUUCAGGGGUCAUUGAUACUGCUCUUAAAUCUUAUGCAAGACAAGGAAGGCUUCCUGUUCUUGGUUUUGAAGCUACCAAUUUCUUUCUUUACCAUCCAAAUUCAGGAUUUGAUGCUCUGAAUCCAAUGGAACCCAUAGGAUCUUAUGAAGUGAGAAAUUUUGUGCUGUGCAAAAAGCAGAUGUACCUAUCAAGGAAAGAAUCACAAUCAGAGCUGAUUUCUCCAAAGAGAAAGGGUGGCUGGAAAUCAUGGUUAAAUAAAUCAUUUAGUUUCAAAAUCUGAUUACAUGUUAAAUAUCACAAGCUUAUGAAGUCAAGUUUGGAAUAUAUUGAAAGCAUAAAGGGGGAUGUGAUUCUCAUCAUUGAAAGGUAGCCCUGAGACCCUGACUGUUUAAAGAAAGGUAGUGAGUUAAAGAACUUAUUUGUUUUAUAUGAACCAUAGAAUGUAGUAAGAUAAGCAUAAAAUUUUUAGGAUUAUGUUUCUUCUCAUAUUAGCUUAUUAUGUACAAAAGCAAUAAUAUUGGAACACAAUAAAAGAUUAUGCAGGGAUGGAUGAAAUCAAAUUCUUUGUAGAUGGUGAAUGUUACCUAUCACAAGAGUUACCUGCUACUGUAUGUUGCUUAAUCAGAGGUCGUUUUUUAACCUAAUUUACCACAUACACGAUUGUAAAUUGUAAAUUGUAAAUGUUAACACACUGACAUGCAAUGUAGACAUAGGCUUUAAGGCACACAAUCA